UUCCUCUAUCUCACAUUUCCCUCUUCUCUCCAGACCUGAAAUUCAUUCUAGGGUUUUAGGAGUCUGAGAUUCGGGGUUUCUCAGGCCCAUCAUCAUUAUGCUUCUACGAAGCUCAUCGUCGCCGAUACUAAACUCAUGGCUCCCCCACUCCAAAGACUCGGGUCUCGGGUCGUCCUCCUCGCCCGAGCCCGAAAUGGUGCCCCAAAUCCCCCGAACCUGCGCCAUUUCCCUCAGGUCUCCUCUUUCCGUAUCUCGUAAAACAAACCAACACCUGAUCACUCUCACGCGCGCCCGCUCCGACGCCGAUCUCGGCGGCAGCCACCAGCGGAGGCCGCCGUUCGCGAACACGUUGAACGGGUUCGAGGAGAUAGGAGAGGAGGCUGGUUACGGCGGAGGAGGAGUGAGGAGGACGAUGUCGUUGGGAUUGGCGGAGGUGGAGGGGUGUGAGAUGGGGACGAGAGAGAAUAUCGGGUUGUUGAGCGGUUUGGUUGGGGGUGGGGACGGCGGAGGCAAGAUCUGCGGCGGUAAUGGCGGCGGAUCGGACGGUGGUGGCGAAUCGGAUCGGGGAAGCGCGACCGCCGAGACGCAUUAUCGGAAUAUGAUCGAGGCUGAUCCCGGCAAUCCUCUGCUUCUUAGCAACUAUGCUAAGUUUCUCAAAGAGGUUGUUGGGAAUUUAGAGAAAGCAGAAGAGUACUGUGGGAGAGCAAUCUUGGUUAACCCAAACGAUGGAAAUGUUUUAUCCAUGUAUGCGGAUUUGGUAUGGCAAAUUCACAAGGAUGCUGCGAGAGCCGAGACUUAUUUUGAUCAAGCUGUUAAAGCUUCACCUGAUGAUUGUUAUGUUCAAGCAUCAUAUGCUCAUUUCCUUUGGGAUUCUGAGGAAGACGAAGAUGAGGAGGAGGAGAAGGAGGUGAAAGAAGAAGGCAGCAACCGAGCACCAGCACACAAGUUGAUUCACGGAGUUCCCCCUUCCCCGCCUCCAUUAGCUGCUGCUGCCUAGAUCUGCCCGCAGUCCUGACCUUUUUGUUCAUAUCUACUUGUUAACCCUUUGUAGUAUAACCGCUUUGGCUGGCUGCUCACUGCUUGGCCGAGAUGAGCUGCAAUCGACUGCUCUUUGUUUUGUUUUCAUCUUCUUUUUUAGUCAGUUAUGUCUGUAAAAGAAAGAAAUUGUAACAAAAAUAAAGGCUGGAAUAUAUUUUUUCAAAGUAAAA